GAAGACAUGCGAAUUCGCACGAACAAUUAAAGCUACUCCAUUGCCAUUGUCGUAGAAAUUAUGAAUAUAAAAUUCGAUAAAUUAAUAGUAAAGUAAUAGCGAAGAUGUCAUAAAGGGGGUGAAAUUAUCAAAUCUGAGAAUUUCUCCCUGAAGGUGUGCAAAUUACAACAAAAUGUUAGACGUGAAUUCCAGUUCAGUGAAGUUUCAACAAGAUGAGCCUAUGCAUGAAAUUCCAACGUUGCAAUGCAGCGAAUGGACGUACACAAUGAGAAGAAACAUGCAAGAAAUCAUUCCGGGACUGUUUCUUGGACCAUACUCUUCUGCUCAGAAACACUGUUUGAAGACGUUACGUGACCACGGCAUUUCGCACAUUAUUUGUGUAAGACAAGAUAUAGAAGCCCAGUAUAUAAAACCGCAAAUCAACGAUCUCUCUAUCACAUACCUAACACUAAACAUCGCAGACACUGCUACAGAAAACAUCAUCAGGUUUUUUCCUACCGUGAAACAAUUCAUAGAUGAAGCGUUUCAAAGAAAUGGCAAGGUUUUAGUGCAUGGCAACAACGGGAUAUCACGGAGUGCCACAUUAGUUUUAGCGUAUAUCAUGGAGAAAUAUGGACUGAGUAGCAAAGAAGCUAUAGAUUGUGUUAAAAGACGACGCGGAUGCAUCCACCCAAAUGAGGGUUUUCUAGCACAAUUAAUUGAAUACGAGCCUAUUUACAAAGCCCGCCAAACAUUGGAAAAAGGUGAGACUUCAAAUGAGAAUCGACGCCAAAAACGUAAAUCUGAACAACUAUGUGAAAGUGUGGACUAUGAUCUCAUUCAACCACCACCAAGUCCAAUUUCAGAUAAUAAUAACCAUAUAAUCAACUGCCAACCAGACUUUUCAAAUCAUUUAUAUAAGUUGUGGAUGAUGAAAAGUUAAAUGUAUAGAAUGGUAACUAGAUACCUAUUUUUGCUUAAUGUUUCAAGCAAAAGAAUCUCGGUUUAAUUUUAAUUUUGAGAGUUUUUUUUGAGUUAUUGACUAUUGUCUUUCUACUUAGAAAGGACCAUUUCACAUUUGCAAUGUGUUUUGUUAUGUACCUAACAUUAUGUUGUUGAUUUUUACUUAAGUAUAAUUUUAUGUUAGAUUUUUAUUUUUUGUUUUCAUAUCAGAUGUAUGUCACUUUGGAAGUUAUUCUUGUGUGCCAUUGAGCUUAUUUUUUUCUUAAAAUUAAUCGCUUUUACUUAAUUCUCAUACAUACUAGUCAAAGUCCACAUACAAGAUUAGUUUUGUUAUUUUUAUUUUGUUCUAAAAAUCUUCCAUUACUUUAAAUAACUAAAAUCAAAUUGUUAGGAUGUUGACGAGCCUGUAGUUCAUUAAACGCCUACAUGUAUUAAGAGCAGAAUUAUUUUCUCUGUACUAAAGCUCUAUCAUAUGAUAUUCAUUAUGUGUUAAGUAUUUUUCCAGCUAUGUAUAUAAUAUAGUGCCUACUUCUACAGAACUUGUAAAUUGAUAUAUUAGUAUAAAAGAUCCUAUUUUUAUACUUUUGUAAAAUAUUUGUUUCGUUCCUAUGACAUACAAUAAAUAUGUUAUGUGUUUA